AUGCGAAGCGGGGAGUCCUGGUGCAGUGGGGGUGGCCGCGGCACUUGGGCGGGUGGCCGGCCACCAAGGGCGCCGCCAUGGCGCGCAAGUUUGCACAAGAGCAUUGGUUGGAGUAUAUCGCCUUGGAGGCUCGGCAGCCAUGAAACCCGGAGACGGAAAGGGAAGCGAGAGGGCCAAGCCAAAGUUCAGGCCGAAGGCGCAGGCGAGGAAAAAGCCGGCACCCCCUCCCCCCCCAGCGCGCGCCUUUCGGUUACCGAUUACCGCGGAGCAGCGGCCAACUACCGUUCCGGCAGAGGCGCGGGGGCAGGGGAAGACGGCGGCGAGAGGGGUGACGUGUGGGGAAGGGGGGGGGGAAGGGGGUACGAAGGGAGAGGGCGGGGAGACCGCCCCUGGCAGGGGACGGGCGGGCGAGAUGGGCGGGGGGGCGGGGGGGGACGCGGGAGACACGGCGGGGGAAGGGCAGGGGGGAGGGGGAGGGGGAGGGGGCGCGGCGGUUUUGUCCCCGUUGGGCAGGAUUUUUUUGUCGGGGGCGGAGGCAGCGGUCCCGCCGCCUAUAUGCCGGCCGGGGUUACCGCUGGCGGCGACGGGGGCGGCGGAGGCAGGAGGGGCGGAGGAGACACAUCCGAGUCAGAAGACGAGCAGGACAGGACGCGGUCGUCCCAUUCCCGUAAAUCUGGCGCCGCCGGUAGCGCUGUCAAGGAAGAUGCCGAGGGUGGCGGUAGUAGCUCGGCGGCCGGUCUUAAGGGGUCAGCAUCGGGAGACUCCGGCGGGGCGGGUGAAGAGGAAGAUGACGAUGAUAAUAUGUUUGGUGUCGGCGAAUCGGUGUCGAAGGGCGGGGGGGGGAAGGGGGGGGACGUGUUGACUCUGAUUGGCUCGGACGUCGGGCGGCGGUCGAGGUCUUCCAAGCUCCCGGGCAUGCGGAACCAAGCCGAGCUAACAGAGGAGGAAGACAGCAGCCUCUUCUUCGUGCAGUUGCCUACCAAGCUUCCCAGGCCGCUGGCGGCGUGCCAGAGAGGGAAGGACGGCGCUUCCGCGCCCGUGCGGGGCAAGGGGAAGGGGAAGGGGAAGGCGACGGGAGGCCCCGCGGUUAAAGAGGAGGCGGGGGAAUCGGGUGCAGGAGGAGCAGCUGCUGGGGCUACCGGCGGCAAGGGAACGGGUGCUGCGGCAGAGAAGGCUUCCGAGAUAGCGGCGGACGACGUGGCAUUCGAUCGGGGGCUCCGGCGAAUGCGCCCUGGCAAGAUUGGCAAGCUUUACGUGCACCAGUCCGGCAAGGCUAGGCUAGUGAUUGGAGGCGUGAGCCUAGUGGUGCACCCAGGAUUGCCGGUGUCGUUCGUGGAACAGGGCGUUAGCAUCGACGCCAAGCAAAAGACGUUCUGCUCCUUCGGACAGGUGACGAAACGAGCUGUCUGUACCCCGGACUUCGAGCAGCUUUAUCGCCGCGCGGACGAAAUCAGCGGCGGCGGCGGCGGCGGCGGCGGCGGCGGGGAUGGGUUUGAGGGAGGGGCGGGGGCGGGCGGCGACGUAGGGGGACCAGUGAAGAUGGAGGUGGCAUGA